AUGAAUCGUAGUUGGAUGAGAGCCAAUCGAUUAAGUUUCGAGUACGAACAUGGAGUGAUGGAAUUUCUAGAGCUUCCUAAAAGUAAUGCUAAAAAAAAUCUUGCUCCUCCUAAGAGUGAUGUUGAAAAAAGUCUUCAUCUGCUUUUUCUCUGUCCAUGUGUUCGUUGUGCAAAUCACGAACCAAAACUCAAUAAGAAAGAAAUCAUGGAUCAUCUAAUUUGUCAUGGGAUUUGUCAAAGUUAUACACAAUGGAUAUGGCACGGUGAGGUAGUAGCAAAGUCAAAUGUGUCCCAAAGAGAUAAUGUUAGUGCAGAAAUGGAUGAUCUUCUAGAAGACAUGAUGCGUGAUAUUGGACAAGAUUUGUUUAAGAAGGCACAUGCGUAUGAUACUUUAUGCAGUGACAAGGAUAAACCUUUGUACCCAGGAUGCACAAAUUUUACACGUUUGUCAGCCGUGUUAAAAUUGUUUAAUUUGAAAGCAAAUAAUGGGUGGACUGACAAUUUUUUUACCGAAUUGCUUGAAUUGUUGACACAGAUGCUUCCAGAAGGUAACGUAAUGCCAAAUCGUUAUUACGAGGCAAAAAAGAUAUUGUGCCCGAUGGGUUUGGAGUAUGAAAAGAUACAUGCAUGCCCUAAUGAUUGCAUAUUAUACAGAAAAAAGUAUGUAAACUAUAAUCAUUGUCCGAAGUGCAAGGCGUCACGCUACAAAAGAAAGCUGGUGAUUCUAGUGAUGAUGAAGCCGUAA